ACAAAAUAAGAGUGAAUUGCAUGUAAAAUUGUGGAACUUUGAAGUGAAAUAUCUCGAAAACUAUGCGUCUGAGGACGGUAUAUGUGUAUAUAUUUUUUAAUCCUGAGGACCUCCUCUAUCCAUCGGUACCAUCAAAUCGCGGCGCCGCAAGAAUCGUAAUCGUGCCCAUUAAAAACGUAAAAUUUCGCCAAAAAAUAAAAUAAAAUUCGAAGUGCAUUAAAUUCAAACAAAUUGACGAUCAGUGAGUUUAGUGUUCGUACAGUACUCUUAACAACUCUGUGUUUUCAGCGUCAGUUGAUUUUGUUUGACGUUAAUUCAAUUUUGACGGCAGCAAGCGUCGCACAGAAGAAAUUAAUUUUUUAUUGUUGUGAAUGCUUAGUUAUAACAUUACAUUUCCAAUUGUUUUGUUUUUAACAAUUAAUGGUUAAUUGAUAAGUUAAACAAUACAAAAUAUUGUGUGAAAAUCAACGAGAAAGUGAGGGAAAUUAGAAAUCUUAUUUGAAAAUAGCGCGCCAUGGAUUUCCAAUUCGUGUUACCUACCGCCAAUGCAGAGCUGCUAAACUCAAGCGGAGAUAGUUACUAUGUGAAACAAGUUUAUGCGCCAAAUGAAAUUGGGGAACGUUUACGAUUGUGCAAACAAAUGGUACAACAAGGUGAUCCGUUCUAUCUCUUUGAUCAUUUUGAUACAUAUUUUACUAUAAUUGAAGGACGCGGUUGUGAUGCGGCAACUGUUACCAAUCUAAUGCGAGCCUUUGAUUUACUGUACAUUACUGUAGACAAGCUUGGUCAGAGGCUAGCGCCAAUAUUAUCCAGUAGUGACACAGCACACAGCUUAGAAGACCGUCAAAAAUAUCUGAAUUUAUCAAAAAUGUCACUAUUUUUACAAGUCAAUGUAGUGAGACGUAUUGAUAGUGUUUGUGCUCAGGUUCAACAACAACAACAGCAGAGUCAACAGAAAAAACGUUCGAAACAAACUGAAACCCUUGAGCAAUACCCUGAUUGGGAUUCUAAGCGUGGUCGUUUUCUUGUACAACUUUUUAAUAUUUUACAGUUUCCGCUGGAAAAACUUUGGGAUCCACCUGUAGCUGAAGAAAAUUUUGUAAAUUUAAUUUGUGACAUUUGCUAUCGUACACUCGAAUUAAUACAACCCCGUUCAGAUAAUCGACAUAUUACAGAUACGGUUUUUCAAAUUUUCGGUACCGCCAUAAAACGCUACAAUCAUGCGCUCACUUUUCCCGUGCGUAUUUUACAAAUAUUACGAACGACCGAACAUGCUGCUCUAUCGAUUGCAAGCGGUAUAAAUGUAUUGCAGGAAGAGUAUGGUAUAUCUAGUGUUUUCUCAGUACUCAUUAAGGAUAUUGUAGAGACUCUAACCGUCGAUUCAGCUGAUACGGUGGUAUCAAGAAACUUUUCUAACUUUUUAAUGGAACUAGCAACCAUAGCUCCAAAACUAAUGAUACCACAUCUUUCUACAUUAUGUGAUGAGCUGUUGAAUUGCGAAUCUCAUACACUUCGAAAUUGUAUUUUACAAAUUAUGGGCGAUGCAAUCGUUGGUGAGCUAACCUCAGAAGAGAUGUCAGAAGAAUUGAAAGAGGCGCGAAAUGAAUUUCUUGAAAAUUUAUUGGCGCACAUUAAUGAUGUGUCAGCGCAUGUGCGCGCGAAAGUUUUACAAAUUUGGAAUAAUAUGAAGGAAGAAAACGCGGUACCGUUGUCUUUCCAGUUAAAAGUGUUAUGUGAAGCUGUCGAUCGUUUGGAAGAUAAAACUUCCUCUGUACGCAAACAUGCUGUGCAGCUUAUUAAAUCAUUUUUGGAACGAAAUCCUUUUGCAGCUAAACUAACGUUAGAAGAGCUAAUAAAGAAACAUGCGGAAGAAUGUGAGAAAAUGGAGAAAUUAAGUGAAGUGUUGGCGGAGGAGCGUAAAAAAGCCGAGGAAUUGGAUGAGCAAUGGAAUGUGUUAAUACCAGAAAUAUUACCCAUUGUAGAGACACACUUGAAAGAAUGUACCGAAGAUUUGCCAGAGAAUACGCAAGAGAACUAUGAAGAUAUGAUACAACGCAUUUCCACAUUGUUGUUGGAGAAGAAAUAUCGUGAGGCAGUUAAUUUGUUGCGAAAAGCCGACCAUGUUGCCGGCAACGCUGAAUUGAGGCAUACUCUAAAACUAGAAGAACAAUGCGCCUAUUAUAUGGCAUUGUUAAAAUCAUACAUCUUUCUGGCAAACGGGUGCAAAGACAGCAACGAAGAGCUGGGCACACAAAUCAAGACCGUACAGUUUUUACAAGACUCGAUCGAUUUUUCUAAAGUCAUAACAAAAGCUGUGCCAAAAAUUCAAGAAUUAUUGCUGUCCAAAACUAACACUGAUGUAUUUGAAGCUGUUGAUCUCUUUACCACUGGUUAUUUAUUUGGUAUUAAAGGCACUGAAGGUGGUAUGCGACAGAUGUUGUAUCUGGUAUGGUCUUCGGAUAAGGAAAAACGUGAUGCGGUUUCUAAUGCCUACAAAAAAGUACUAUUCACUACCGAUCAAACGGGCAGGGCACAUGGCAUUAAGGUCGUGCAGAAUCUUAUGAGGUUUCUUGAGGAACUCGAAUAUGGUCAUUACACAGCCAUGGAGUGUUUGAUGCGCGAAUGGGUAUCCACGGACGAUAUUGAUGCUGCUAUUAUACAAGUGCUUUUUGAACGUUUUACGCAGAAAUUAGAGGGCACAACCGACAAUGAAUCUCGCCUAGCAUUACAGCUGCUGAUAAUGGCAUCACAUGCCAAGUCGUCCAUUGCAUCGGCAAAUAUUAAUGUAAUUGAAACGAUUGGCUUGGGCGAACGUGCCAAAUCCGAUCCACGUGUUUAUACUGGUUGCAUGGAGUUUAUGCUGAACUCUAUCGAUUCAAGCGCACACUCGAAAUUCUACAAACGUUAUGAGCCAGAUGCAGCACUUGUGCAAAAAGUAAUCGAAUUCUUCCAACGGUAUUUCUUUCAUCCCGGCGUGCCAGAUUUUGAUAAGCUAGCAAUGCGUACGUUGGAAUUCUUCUAUCACCUCUGUCAGACGCCGGAUGUUAUUUGUCAAAAAAUUGUUGUUGGCUUAUUGAAAAAAUUCCGUGAUUAUGCUAUAUGUAUCACCGAUAUUACACCAUCGCAGCAAGCGCACGCGCUUGAAACACCCUUUUCGCAGCCCAUACCGGAGACACAACCAACUCAGUCACAGAUUGCUGCAGUGCCACAGCAAAAACGUAUGCCUGUAUUUUUACUAACACGCUUCCUCUUCACCAUUGGCUAUAUGACAAUGAAAGAGAUGAUCUUUCUCGAUAUCGAUGUCUAUAAUAAUAUGAAAUUUAGACAAGAGUUGACCGAAUGUGAAGAGAAAAAAAAGAAGAACGCAUUCAACACGAACAGACGAAAGACGGGGAAUUUGAAUAUGUCAGCGACGGAAUCGUUGAAACGAUUGUCGGGUACAGCUGCCGAACCACAACAGGAGCCAGACGAGGAUCUUGUUGGUGCCACUGCUGAAGACAAUAUAGCUGAGCUUAUUAACCAUAUCUGCGAGAAUGUACUACUACAAGACGAAAACUCACUGCUUACAAAAAUAUUUCCCUACGUCAUGGAAAUAUGCAAAUAUCCCGUUAAGUAUCGGGAUCAAUCACUGCAACAAGCGGCCACGCUUACGCUCAUUCGCUUCAUGUGCGUUUCCUCAACGUUCUGCGAAGCGAAUAUGCCUUUCCUUAUGAACAUCUUGAAUCACACGAAAAAUAUUAAGAUCAAAUGUAAUAUUGUAAUUGGUUUAUCCGAUUUGACCUUCCGUUUUCCCAAUAUAAUCGAACCCUGGACGGGUCAUUUCUACUCGACGCUGCACGAAAGUAAUACUGAAUUACGACUGACGGCGGUGAAAAUGCUUUCGCAUCUCAUUUUGCACGAAAUGAUACGCGUGAAAGGACAGAUUGCCGAUUUGGCUAUGUGUAUUGUGGACGCUGACGCGGAAAUCAAGAAUAUUACGCAGCAGUUCUUUAAAGAGAUCGCUAACAAAUCGAACAUCCUGUACAAUGUCUUGCCGGACAUCAUAUCGAAAUUGAGCGAUACUAGUUUGAAUAUCGAAGAGGAAAAAUAUCGCACGAUUAUGCGUUACAUUUUGGGUCUGAUACAAAAGGAUCGACAGGUCGAAACUUUGGUGGAGAAAUUGUGCUUGCGCUUCCCAGUGACACGUGAAGAACGCCAAUGGCGCGACAUUGCCUACUGUCUGAGUCUGCUUUCCUACAAUGAACGCGCCGUAAAAAAACUGCUAGACAAUGUACAACAUUUCAAGGAUAAAGUACAAAUCGACGAAGUAUAUCAGUCGUUCAAGUUGAUCAUAAGUAACACAUCAAAACUGGCUAAACCCGAACUUAAAGCCGCCGUUAUGGAGUUGGAAACACGUAUCAAUGAAUGCUUGGAAGUAAAUGACGGAAAGGAGCGCGAAGAUAAGGAAGCUGGUGGUGGUGGUGGCGACUCGAGCGCUGGCCGUGGCGAAGCGCCUGCCAAAACCCAAAAAGGUAAAAAGGCAGGUGGUAGCAAACAACGUGCGGGCAGUAGCCGACGCGGUAAGCGUGACAAAUCUUCCAGCAGCGAAACAACAAGCAGUAGUGACGAUGAAGCGCCUGCAAAACAAAAACAACAGAAAAAUGCGCGUGCGCGUGCAACCGUUGCGGAUUCCUCAUCGUCGGAAGAGGAAGAGAGUGCGCAAACAGCGCGGGGUGGACGUGGGGUAGCAAACUCAGCAUCAGCGGCGCGCGACAGAAGUAGAAAAGCGGCGAAAGUAGCAACAAACAAACCGCGCACUGGUGCACGCAGCAAAGUUAUCGAAGAGUCAGGCAGCUCGGAUGAUGAGGAAGAACAGCAUCCCCAACGCAAACGUGGGCGUGCCAAUCGCAAAUGAAUGGAAGCCAUAUUUAGUAGUAGUUUAGAAACUCUAGAAAAAUAACGCACGGAACGUAGUUUAGUUAAUAAAAAUUAAAGCAAAUAAAUUGCUAAUAUAAAUUUAAAAUUAGAUUUACACACACCUAUUAUGUAUUUAUAAUAGCGCGAGUAUAGCUGCCGUUCGACAACAGUAUACCAAAAUUAUUUUGCGAGUGGAUAUUGACUACCCAAAGCAGGCCGUCACCAUCUUAUAUACUUACAUAUUUAUCGCUUAUUAUCAACCUAUGGGAUAGUAUGUAGAAAUGUGGAAAUCGAUUUUGCGAAUUUUGGCGUUUAAAUACAUUGAAUGUCACUAAAGAAAA